UCACGUCCUCUCGCCGCAGCACAUCCGCGGGUUGCUCUGCUGUCUGAAGUUCUGCUCGUAGGGAAGCUUGAGGGACUUUCUCCGGCUGGGACAGCCGACCCGACUGAGGCUGGUAAGGAAUACUGUGGGUGUCGUCAGCAGGAACCCAUGUUUUUUUUUAGAAUGGUCUUCACCUGUUCUGCUCAGAUACGCUGUACUUUAAUCACCAGAUUAAAAUGAAGUUCUGCCUCACAUUCCAAGGUAGCUCAUCGCUCAUGAUGUGCUGCUGCUAAACCCCACUGUGGAUCAAGCCCACCCCUGGAGGAAGGAGGAUGCAGUACCAGCCUCCACUCAGAAGGGCGCACCGCUGCUAAAGGCAAGAGGGUGCUGGGAGUGAACGGCUCAGGCCAUGGAUGACUUCACUGCGCGUACCUAUGGCACAAGUGGCCUGGACGACAGACCUCUGUUUGGAGAGACAUCAGCAAGGGAUAGGCUCAUCAAUUUAAUAGUUGGUGGAAUUGCAUCUCUACUUGUAAUAGUGACCAUUAUUAGCUCCUUUGUCUUCCCCUCCCUGCCUCCAAAGCCACUGAACAUUUUCUUUGCCAUCUGUAUCCUGCUUGUGUGUGGGUCAGUCUUAGUUCUGAUCUUCUGGUACAGACAGGGAGAACUGGAGCCCAAGUUCCGCAACCUCAUCUACUACAUGCUUGGUUCGAUCGUCCUGCUAUGCAUUUGUGCCAACCUAUACUUUCAUGAUGUGGGACAUGAGAAACAGAACAAUGCCUUAUGAUAGGAACAUGAACUGUUUCACAGUGGUGGAAAACUCAGAACGCCACACUCAGAACUGGAGUUGUCAGGUGAGGGUUCUGAAAUGACAAAAAAAGGAGAAACAUUUCUUCCUACAGCCCCUUUUAGGGGGCAGGGCCAGUCUGCCUUUGGAAGCCUUCUGAAGUGGACCAAGUGUAUAACAGACACAAACAUAUGCAUAAUCAGUAGCACUCUGGGAACUUAAUGCAGAUAUUUUGCACCCUGAUUGCUGUACACAGCUUGCAUAGCUAUAUAUGCCAAUGUAAUUAUGAGACUGAUGUCUUCAAUAAGCCAUGGUUAUGCUGCAUAAAGCUUUUUAUAUUUGUUGUACAUAAGAUGGAACAUACAUUCCCAGUUGAGAUUACUUGCAUUUUUGAUUAUUGGGGGGGGUCGUGAAAUCGCGAAAUCGCAGCACUUAUGAAAACAGAGUUUCUGUUUCUAAAUCGCCGGACACUGUGUUAUUUGAUACGGUAAAGAUCAAUGAUUGUUGAUAUGUCAUUUAUAAUGUGCAUUUUAUGUAAGAAAUAAAUCCAUAUUCCCACUGUU